UUAUCUGCAGUGUAACGUGAGCUGACUCUCAUCAAAUUUACAUGUGUCAGUGCAGGUGGAGGAAGAAAGACAUGUCCUCCCCCACACCCAGCACAUAUUUGCAUUGAACUUUUCCACUGUGACGUUGUCUGUGUAUACAGUACACACACACACACACACACACACACACACACACACGCUACAGGUUAACUUAUGGAAGGAUGGAAGGAUCGUUUCGUCAUGCUAUUUCUGUUGAUUCACAGUAAAGUGUCUAAAAGAAGAGAGAAACUAUGGUGUAUUUACUGAUACUGAUCUCGUGAAGAGUAAAGUGUUUGUGCUUGGAUAAGGUGUGGCACAGUGCUGUCCCCUGCAGGUGUGCAGCAGCAGCAGCAGCAGCAAAGAGUCUGAUUACAAACUCUAGAACACAGAGCAGAAAUCCUCCGGUAAGGAUUCGCUGCAGGAGAGCGAGAGGAAGAUGAACUGGGGUUUUCUGGAGAACGUCCUCAGUGGGGUGAACAAGUACUCUACUGUGAUUGGGCGGAUCUGGCUCUCUGUGGUCUUCCUCUUCAGGAUUUUGGUGUAUGUGGCAGCAGCAGAGCAGGUGUGGAAGGAUGAGCAGAAGGAUUUUGUGUGCAACACCCGGCAGCCCGGCUGCGAGAACGUCUGCUUCGACCACUUCUUCCCAAUCUCCCAGGUGCGUCUGUGGGCUCUGCAGCUCAUCAUGGUGUCCACCCCGUCCCUGCUGGUUGCCCUGCACGUGGCGUACAGGGAGCACAGGGAGGCCAAGCACAAGCGGAAGCUGUACCAGGACAAAGGGAGCAUUGACGGAGGUCUGUUCUGCACCUACGCCCUCAGCCUGGUCUUCAAGAUAGCGUUUGAGGUGGGCUUCCUGCUCGCCUUCUACUUCCUGUACAAUGGUUUUGAGGUGCCUGCUCUGCUCCAGUGCAGCCAGAGUCCUUGUCCCAACACAGUGGACUGUUACAUUUCCAAACCCAAAGAGAAGAAGAUAUUCCUCUACAUUAUGGGCUGUGCUUCUAUUCUGUGUAUCACUCUGAAUUUUGCGGAGCUUCUCUACAUCACGUGGAAGAAGUUGUGGAGAUGUUUCAGCAGAAGCUUCAUCCCUGGGAAGGAGAACGCUCUCAUCCACACUCGACCUGUGUCUGUGAAGCCCACAGGACACAGUGAGGACAGCAGCACACAGCCUGCGUGCACCACUGACAACGUUCACAACCAGGAGUGAAGCCUGUGGGCGGAGCCUGUGUUUACCUGAAAACAGCACUCACAUACUCACAUACACCCGCCUACACCCGCCUUCUGUUGUCGUACAUAUCAUGAGCUAUAAAUGAGAAAGAGAGGCUGAAUAUACAGUAUGUUUGAGCAUAAACUAAAACUACUAUAACUAAAACAGUGUGUGUGUGUGUGUGUGUGUCUUUAAAUGUCCUGUAUGAGAUAUGUUCCAUGAUGUUAGAAAGCCCACCAGCUGAUAUUUAACCUUUUAUACAGUGUGUGCAGUUUGUGAAGAAAACUAUGUUUAUGUAGAUGAUAAUCAAAGUUUGUUCUUUAUCACUGUUUUACUCAUUAUUAUUAUUAUUAUUAUUAUUAUUUAUUUGUUGAUUUCUCAAGUUGUCAUUAGUCAAAGGAUUCAGGCCUGUCCUGGUGACAACAAGUCCCCUGUGAAGUGUCUGCAUCGCCAUCAUAUUUGUUGUGUAUUUAUGAUUAAAUUGAAUAUUUUUGUA